AUGUCUCCCAAAAAAGACACCCUGAAGAAACUGCUAGAAGCCUGGAAGGAGGGUGAUAAGGAGGUCCCUCCUUGCAAACUCAAAUGCAUAAGACGAGGAAAAGGUCACAAGUGGAUGAGUAGGAUACUAAAGGAUCCGAACUCCUUGAGAAGGAAAAAGCCUUUAACCCCCAAAAAACUGAUGAUUCCCUACCUGUUGACCUGGCUAAGGACCUUAAUGUUCUUGAGGUGCAUUUCGAGGAAACCCCAAAAUCCCCUUGCUCAACAAAAGCUAAAGUCAUCUUUGACUAUUUCUCAAUCUGACUUCAAUGAUGUUUCUCAAGGCAAGGUUGGCAACACUGUAAAAGGAGAGUACCAAGGAGUUGUUGAGGUGGCCACAUGCUUGAGCUCCCUAGCCCUAACACUUCAUGUACUUAAGAAGCAACAGGAUGACAUGGAUGCUAAGGCGAGGUCGGCAAAUGAGAUUGUGAAUAGGUUGAAAAUUCAAUUGAACAUUGUCGAGGCCUCUGAGUUGACCCUGAAAAAUCAAAUCAAGGAGAUCAAGUCUGAUCUGGCUAUUGCCUUAAAGUCAGUUAAUAAGUACAAGGAAGAAAUCGAAGAGAGCUACUUGGAUGGAUAUCUUGACUUUAAAGCCCAAGCUAAGAAACAAUAUCCUAAAAAAUAUUAUCCUGACCCAGAUUUCGAUGCCUUUGAACCUCCUUCUGAUGACGGGGAUGGGAGCAAGAAGGAAAAGAAUGAUCUUUCCAUAGUUGUUGGAACAUGUGAUUUAGUAGCGAAAAAGGCCGAGACUACGAAUGAGGCAAAGAAGAGUGUCAACUAUACUGCAGGCAUACCAUAUAUUUAUGAGGAUUGA